CUUUCGCUCUUCAACCAAGUCAUCCGUCUCCUUCGUCGUCGACCACAUCGUCCAGAAUGCCUUUCGGCCUCAUCAUUGGUACAGAACGAGCAGUUUCAUUACAAAACUCAAUCCAAAAUGAACUCACCAAGAGAGGUUACAGUCCCGACGCCGAUCCCGUCAUGGCGGAAUACAUUACUAUCAUGAUCAUAAAUAACAAGACACCCGCCCAAAUCACUUCGGAGCUAGAAGAUCUAAUUGGAUCGGAUUAUGACCCUAGUUUUACUGACUGGUUGUUCAUCGAGGCCGCAAAAGGGGUUCCCGAGUCCGAAGGGCCGUCGUCAAUACCGAUUCCACCUGCUGCGCCCGCCGCAGAAGCUAAGCCGACCCGUGACCCACCGCAUGCUCCAGUCGACCCCUCUCGGCGACCACCAAAUGCUCCUCGUCCAGGCGCUCCACCGUAUCAACAAGCUAUUGCAUCAGCCAUUUCUUCUGCCUCCCCUUCAUCCCAAAAACGUACUGCGUCGGCGCGUUCUCCGUCACCAACAGGUCAAGGACCUUCAAAGGCCCGCAGAACAGACCUCCCCACAGGCCCCCGUGCGAUGCAGAGCAACUCGACCGGUCGUAGUUUGCUGGAUAGAGUGGGCGGUAGGAAUGGGAAUGCAACCUUCGCACGUAACGACGAAAUCCAAGCCCGUAUUGACGCUGUUACGAAUGGCAGCACUCCAGAUCCAAGCAUGAUGAUGCCGUUCCAAAAUGGCAUGGAAAUGGCCAUGAGCCCAAAUCCCUUAAUGCUGCAGGACAUGAUGAUGAACCAGAUGGCACUCAUGGCACAGAUGGCAACGUCAAUGGGAAUGUUGAAUCCGGGAACAGGGCAGAUGAUGGCCAUGAAUGGAGGCUUUCCGAUGCAACAAGGUGAUAUGGCCAUGUAUGCGGGAGGGAUGAAUGGACAUUCAUUCGGACAGAAUACUGGAGGCGUUCGUGGUCGCGGUGGUGCUACAAGGGGAGGAAGAGGAAGAGGUGGUGGACGAGGUGGCCAUCUUCGGCCGUCACCGGCUCCUGCUGAAGCGCAACAGGAGACUGUCCCUCUUACUGUUGAAACCUCCCUUCCUGCACCUAUCGCAGCACCUGUGCCAGUGCCGGCACAGUCCACAUCCCCUAUUCCUGCAAUUCCAGCCACGCCACAACGAAUACCGUAUGCUCUCCCAGACAGGCCCCUUUCCCCGACGCUUUGCAAAUUCGGCACCAAAUGCACCAAUUCUCAGUGUCGAUUUUCGCAUCCGUCGCCAGUUGCCACUGCUGAAAGUGGAGUGGUGCUCAGUACAGAACCAUGUGAAAAGGGAAAAGAGUGCAAGGACAAGGACUGUAUCAAAUCGCACGUUAGCCCCGCUACUAACAAUCCAGCUGCACCAGAAGCCCAAAAACCGGUCUCGACACCUUUGGUCCACGCCCACCCUAGUCCAUUGCACCCACACCCACACCCAUCUACCAUCCCGUGUCGCUUCGGCUCUGCCUGCACACGUCCUGGUUGUCUUUAUAGCCAUCCACGAUCCCAAUAUACUCAACCAUGUCGUUUCGGCGCCGCGUGCACACGAGCAACGUGUCCGUUCCAGCACCCAGAGGGACGGGUACUCCCUUCCACUUUCCAUCGCGGCCUUGGCGCGCAUUCGCCUAUGGUCAACGUAACAGCUCCUCCCACAGGGAGCAUAGGCGUGCCAAGCCCUCACCGCAGUAUGACGUUCAAUAAGGGCACGGGCAAUGUAAAGGAUAAGUUGGAAAAGCAAAUCAAAGACAUUGAGGUGCAGAAGAAGGCCGUCGCUGAGGCCGAGGCUGCAGCUGGGGGCAAGGGCGAGACGAAAUCGGUCCCGAUCGCCGUCUAAUUUCAGAUUCGGUCUCUCGCCCUUGAUAUGCGACUGUGCGACUGCCGUAGCAGACAUACGUUGGGUUUCCCGUUAAUUUGGUUCCCCAACUCAAUCCUCCAACUACCCUCGCAGUAGAAAUUUUCCUCUUACUUGUACGGACAAGAACCUGGUGUCCAAGUUGCUCGCUCUUCACGCCGUAUACCUCUGCCACUUUCGAGAGACGAGGUUGUUGGCUCGAGCUGGUUUUGUUGUAUUGCUCUAUAAAAUAUUUGUGUGCCGCCUUACUUACAUAUUUGCUACUACCGUGUCUCCAUCACAGGGUUGUCACACUGAGGGCGGAUGAAAUGGACAGUUUUAAUCGGGUGCCCACUGUUUUGU